GCUUAGAUGCGUCCUAGUGUGUCCAACGCUACGAAUACUACAUCUAUGAGACGAGGGAAUUGACUUUGGUGCCUCAAAAGCAGCGCAUACAGACAAGAGAGAGAGAUUGCAUCUUGUUCUCGACUAGAAGAGAAGAGAAGAGAAGAUGGAUACUGAUCUAUCCCUGAAAAUAGAUGCUGAAAGUGAAGGAGAGGAGGAUGGAGAUGAAGAAAGGCGCCAUGGUGAAAAAGGGGGAGGAAAUCAUCAAGAAGAGGAGGUAGAUAGACAAAACAUACAAGAUAUCAGUGAAGCAGCAGGAGCAGCAACAACAACAGGAGGAGGAGGAGGAGGAGCAGAAGAUGAUUCAUCCCUUCUGGAAAACAUGAAAACUGAAGAGUUAUCUGGUUUACAAAUGGAGAUAAGUCGCAUGAAGGAAGAGAACAAAGUCUUGAGAAGAACAGUAGAGCAAACCAUGAAAGAUUACCAUGAUCUUCGAAUCAGAUUUGCUUCUUUUCAGCAAAAUAUGGACCAGAAGAAGGAUCCGCAAAUCUCUCUCGGACUUGAUGUUAAGGAUAACAAAGCUGUUCAAGAAGUGCCGAAGGCUAUACCCAGACAGUCAGAUUCUAGUUAUAUCCAAAGACACCAGGCAGUAGCAUCUACGAAAGGUGACUCUGUUGGAGAAGGUGAAUUAGGGCUGUCCUUGAGGCUACAAAUUACAAGUACAAGUCAACAAGAAAGAGAGGAGGAUAUGGAAGAGAAUAAUAAGGAAGAUCAAACUGCAAACCAUGCACCAACAAUAUCACAGAAUAAUAAUAAUAAUAGUAAUCAAAGAACUGAUUUGGGAGGAGCUGGAAUCACUGCUCAUGGUGCUUCUUUAGCCAACAGAAAGGCUAGGGUUUCAGUCAGAGCCAGAUGCCAGGCAGCAACUAUGAAUGAUGGGUGCCAGUGGAGAAAAUAUGGGCAGAAGAUUGCCAAAGGAAAUCCUUGCCCUCGAGCUUACUACCGUUGCACGGUUUCUCCAGGAUGCCCAGUUAGGAAACAGGUGCAAAGAUGUCUAGAGGAUAUGUCAAUUCUGAUAACAACAUAUGAAGGGACUCAUAAUCAUCCACUCCCUGUGGGAGCAACAGCCAUGGCUUCAACAGCCUCUGCAGCAGCUUCCUUUAUGUUACUGAAUUCCAGUAACCCUCUCUCUGAUGGCAUGAUCAGUACUGGUCAAGCUAAUUCCCUUCCAUACCAUGCCUGGAACCCUCAAUAUUCAUCGAACUUCAGAAGCAUAAACCCCAAUGAUCCUUCCAAAGGGAUUGUUCUUGAUCUUACACACGAUCGAGAUCGAUCACUACUACAGCAUCCAAUGAUGGCUAGCUCUUCACAAUAUUCUUCUUCUUCGGCUAGUCAUAAUCAGUACCCCAGCUCGUUCAGUAAUUGGAUGCAAAGCCGAUCAAGCAGUUACCAAAAUAGCGCUGCUAAUGUUCAUGGCAGUAAUUUUGCUGGCCAUAGAGUGCAAGAAGAGAAGUUACUGAUGGCUGAGAAUGUAACAGCAAUAGCUUCUGAUCCAAAAUUUAGGGUUGCUGUUGCGGCUGCUAUCACAUCUCUCAUUAAUAAAGAGAACAGCAGCAGUCAUCCUAUAGAACCAUCUUUGAUCAGUAGGGAUGGUGAGAGAGGUAGCCCUACAUGCAAGCAGCAGCAGCAACUUUCUGGUCCUUGAAUUCUCUCCCCAUGCACAAGUGGUAAGCUGAUUCAGCGCUUGACUAAGCUAUAACGGAGGAAUAUAUAAAUAUACAUAUGGCUUGUCUAAUUUUAUUACCAUUGAAGGCUACAAUCUUUGCUUAACUUUCUUUUCUGCACAAUAAACUCUUGCUGCCCAAUUUUCUUUUACUUUGAUUUUCCUUGUCCACUUAGCUUGUUAGUUUUUUUUUUUUUUUUAAUUUGUAAGUAAGAACUUUAUAUAAUGUACUAAUUCAAUCCAAGGAAUUGAAAAGGGACAGUAUCAAUCUCUCCCC